UUUGAAACGAUAUUUUGCUUUGUACCGAUUAUUUUACUUUCGCAUCCCUACUACUACUACUUUGUAAUUUGUAUUGAAUGCAGUCGAUGUUGAUUAAAAUAAAGUUUUGCUGUUUUUAAUUUAAUCUACAACUCUUUUAUUUCAAAAGAAAAAUAUGUUUUAUUAAAAAGAGAAUAAAAUUAUAUCAUGGAAGUUCAUACUGAAACUACGACACAAGACGGUACAGUUAAAAGAAGCCCUUUUGAUAACCUAAGCAGGGAUGAAUUAAUUCAAAAAUGCAAAGGACUACUUACAAUUGCUCAAAAGGCUAAACAAGCCAAAACAGAACUGCAAACUGAGAUUGAAAGUUAUAAAUUACAACUUGAUAAAUAUGAAACAGAAAAAAAGUCAAAUUUAGAAAAUAUACAAACAUUACAAGAACUUGUAGACUCAUUAACUGAGCAAAAACUAAAUUACAUAACUGAAGUUGACACUGCACAAGGUAAAAUAAAAUCCCUCAGUAGUAAAUGUAAAUUGUAUGAGGAGGAAAUCAAAAAAUUCAAAGCAGAUUUCAUCAUAAAAGAUAAAAGUUUAAGUGACAAUGCACAAAAAUUGUCAGACGUAGACAGUGAAAUCAUAUCUUUAAAAAGACAAAACAAUAGAUUUAUGGAAGAAAAUGAACAACUUAUUACUCAACUCUCAGAGCUUGAAACGCAAAUUAUGGAAUUCAAUAAAAUAGGGUUAGAGCAAAGAAAACAACUAGAAAUAUUGGAAGAAAGGGUGCAAAGAGAGGAAACCAGUAAAACUCAGAUUGAUGCCCUAAACAAAAAAGUCGAAGAAUUAGAGAAUCAAAUUGCUUUAAAUUCUCAUCAUAAUGAUGAUGUUGACAUGGUUAAGUAUGAAAAUAAAAUGAGGGAACUUUCCACUUUGUAUGAAUCAGAAAAAAGCAGAAAUGAGAAAGCAAAUGUCAAAUUACGUAGCUAUAAAGAUAAAAUACUAAAAUGUGCUACUUGUAUUAAUCAACUUAAAAAUUCAAGAUUUAUAUUGACAAAGACAAUAAAGGAAUAUUCUGAAAAUGUACCAAAAUGGCAGAAUGAUAUAAUCAAAGCAUCACAAUUGCUUGAAAAUCAAAUAAAUCAGCUAAAUAGCGAAAAUACAAAAUUAAAAGAAAAGCUUAUAAAAUUAGAACAGCAGUUAAAUAACAUUACUAAUCCCCAAAAAAUUGAGGAGAACAAUUCUGAAGUUUCUAAUUUACAUAGCGAAAAUGCAGUUCUCAAAGCCAAAAUUAAUAAUUUGGAAAGACUUUUACAAUUAGAAAAUGAUAAUUGUGCAAAACACAAGUCUGAAGUAAUUUCAUUAAGAAGUAACUGUGAUUUACUGCAAUCUCAGCAAUUUGAGAUUAAAGAACAGUUAUCUAAAUGUGUUAAAGAAAAUGAAACACUUCAAAAGGAUUUAGACAGUAUCAAUACCGAUUACAAGGAUUUAAUUGAACAGCAGCUUCCUUCACACAUCAAGAUUAACAAUCAAUUAACCACUGAUUUAAAUGUAAUACAAGCUAAAUAUGACACAUUAAAAAAUAAAAAUACAGAUCUUAUGAAUACAAUUGAAAAGUUGAAAGGUGAAAAUGAUAAAUUAGCCAAGUCUAUACAAACAACAUCUUCUAAUAAUCAAUUUAUAGAAAAUAUGCAUUUGCAAAUCAAGGCAUUAGAGAGUGAGAAGGCAACAUUGGUAAAAGAAAAACUCAAUGCCAGGGAUAAUGUCGUAGAGUUGGAAAACAAAAAUAAAAUAUUAACAGAGCAGAAUGAUAAGUUAAAAUCUGAAAUUACAGAUAUAAAAUCUCAACUUGACAUAAUAUCGAAAGAGAAAACUGCAGUUGAGAAAACACUUAAAACAGAAAAGGAAAACGAAAUUAGCAAAUUAAAAUGUGAAAUAAUUGAAUUGCAGGAACAAUAUGGCUUACUAAAAAAGACACACGAGGACCUACAGGACCUGAAUGGCUUACUCAAAGAAGAAGUGGAAAAUCUCAAACUUUCAUUAGAACAACCAAGACCUGACGAUGGUGAAAAUCAAUCUGAUUUGAAUGUCUCUCUACAAGCAGAUAUAGUGAAGUUAGAAACAAAAUUAGCUGCAUACAAACAAGAAAAUGCUUCUCUUCUUACAGAAAUUAAGGAAUCUCGUGCUAAAUCUAAAGAAUUUGAUAAUCUUGCAGCCGAAUGUGAUGAUGCAAAAUCUAAACUUAUGGGGUACAAAACGGAAAAUACUGAAUUAUUGAAUGAAAUGAAAGAAAUAAAUCAGGUACUUAAAGAACGUGGCGAAGCUAUAUCAAAAUUACAAAAAGCUGUUGCAGAAAUGGAGAGACUUAUAGAAACCUUGGAAAAAGAUAGAGAUAGGGUUAACCAAGAAAAGGGCAUUUUGGAGUGUAAAGUUAGUAGUUUAGAAAAUGAUUUGAAAAAUGCUGAAGAAAAUACAAAUAAAAGACACAAUGACUCUGAACAGAUUCUUCAUGAAAAAGAUGCUGCUUUAAAAGCAUUAUCUGAAAAGGAUACCAUGAUUAAUUCUUUAAAAGAUGAGAUCGAAAGUCUUAAACAUCAGCAAUCAUCUUCUGAUUUGCAAAAUGAGGAUAUGUCUACUUCCACAAUUUCAAAAGCAGAAGAACAUUCGCGAAUGAGAGAUUUAGAUGAUUCAUUUGAAGAAAAAUACACAAAGUUACGCAUAUUUGCUUUGAAAUUAAAGAAAAAGUUAAAUGAUACUAUUAAUCAAUUACAAAAUGCUGAACAAGACAAAGCUAUACUUGAAAAAUUACUUAGUGAAAACGAAAAAACGCCAAAGUCAGCUAGUAAAGAUGAAGUUGAUAAUGUGUCAAAUCUUCAAAGUAAAGUGCAAACUUUAACUGAAACUGUUGCAGCUUCAGAAAAAAUUGAGGCAGAUUUAAAAAAUUUGAAAGCUGAAUUGGACGCAAAGUCUCAACAAUUGACUGCUGAAAUUGAAGCUCAUAAAGUAACCAAAGAAAACUUGGAGAAAGCGCGACGUGACGCUAAAAAGAAAAAUGUACUUAGCCUAGAAAUGGAGGAUUAUGAACGAUCUAUGAAAGAAUUGACGGCUAAAAUGGAAGAAAAGAAGAAGAAGAUGGUUCAGAUGGAAUCUACAAUUGACACUCAAGAGGGAACUAUUAAUGCAAUGAAAACCCAAAUAAAGUUGCUGGAGGAACAGAUACGAUCAGAAGAAAUGCAAACUAGAUUAACAAAAGAAGAAUUACAGAAUGUCGUAGAAGAAUCCAGAGCGAAGGACAGCGUUAUUCAAAUGAAGAAUGAAGUCAUAUCUAAAUUAGAACAGGAUCUAGAAGAUGAAAAAAGAAAGAACGAAGAAGCCAUUUUAGAAAUCACUGGUAUACUCAGUGAAAAAGAAAAAAUAAUCAUUAGCUUAGGAGAGGAGAAAAUUGAAUUGAACAACAAAUUAAAAAAAUUGGAAUUCAAAUGUUCACAACUCGGUGAAAAUUUGCGUAUUACGAAUAUAGAGCUUGCUGAUUUGAAGACUGAAUAUACUAGUUAUAAGGUGAGGGCGCAAGCUGUGCUACGACAAAACCAAACAGUUGAUCAUAGCCAAGAAGAACAAUUGAAAGAGGAAGCUGCCGCUCUGCGCGCUCAAAUAGAGACACUAACAGCAAAGCUUUCAACUUUACAAGAUCAAUGCGCUGAAUUAACUUCGGAAUCGGAAUCGAUGCGUCGCCGAGCGGCUGAAGGCGCGAACGAAGUAGCGCGCGCGCAACAACGUAACUCCCGGCUGCAGGCAGAUCUUACGCGGCUCACACAAGAAUUGGAAUCGGAGAGAUCACAGCAUAAACUACAGGUUUCAACAUUAACGCAGUGCUACAAAGCGCAGAUCAACGAAUUGGAGGCGAGACUCCAAAAAGAGACUGAUCUACUGAGGAAACAGUUGGCGAGUCACGACAACGCUAACUCGUCUCAGUCUCACGGCGCCGCGAGAGCAAACGAUCCGAAUCGCAACCAAUACAUGCUUCCGGUUAUACCGAAGGACGACAGCGAUGGAGAGAUGGAUAUCAACGUCUCCAUGAUACCGAGGGAGGAAGGAGAGGGUUCGGAAGCGGCGCCCUCGCCUCCGCCAUUCAAGUCUUACAUGGCGAGUGGUGGCAGCGGUCGAUCGCCGGUCCCUCUAGAAAGGUUACUCGAACAAGGAGUCCCCGAAGAUGAAGCUCUAGAUGCUGCCUCGUUGGCGCUCACUCCAGAGCAAGAGGCCAUCGACUUGAGGAGGAGACUCCAAGCGCAGCAGCUUAAGGUGAAGCACGUGACCGUAUUAUUGGCGGAGUCUGAACGCGAAUGCGCGCGCAUGGCGCAGCUUAGCGACCUUCUAAAGGCGGAGUUACGUCGCGCGCACGGAUCCACGCAGAGUGCGCACAACGCGGAGUACAUGAAGAAUGUCACGCUUAAAUUCAUAACGCUACCACCGGGAGACGAGCGCAGUCGACUGGUGCCCGUGCUGCAGAAGAUUCUCGCUCUCUCGCCCGAAGACACCAGUAAGCUGCAAGCGGUAGCUAAAGGCUUGGAUCCAAAUCCCAACAAGGGCUGGGGCAGUUAUUUACCAUGGCCAGGAGGAAAGUGAAAUAUUAUUAAAAUUAGUAAUAUAAUAGUUCUAAAACUUUAAAACUUUCAACGCAGACUGCAAAUACAUGUAAGAUUGUAGAGACUAUUUUAUUUUUGAAUGUUCGAUUUUUAUUCGAAUAAAAAAAUUAUCAAUAGCAAUUUUAUGCCUUUCAUGUAUUUUGUAAGGAACGCUCGGUUAGGUAUUUGGAGGUGAAGGUUUAGUCAAAGACUCGUCGGUGGACUAAGAACUAUAAUAUUAAAGCGAUUGUAUCUACUUAAAUGGCUACAACCAAAUUAUUUUUGGUACCAUUUAAAUUUUCUUAAAUCAUAUUAACAAAGACGAAAGUUACUGAAAAGUCAAAGAUACAUCGUUUGUAGAAGGACUGAUUCCCGGUAACUCGAACGAAAAAGGGCUUAUUAAUUUGAUUGGAAAUUUGCAAUUAUGGAAGAAAAAAUCAAUUAUAUUAUGAUAAUUACUGUUAUACCAAUUUACUACACACUCUGUCUAAAGACUAUUGUUUAAUUAACCAUCUCGUCAGUGAUGAGAGAAAUGUAAUCUACUAUCCGUUUUAGUACGAGUAAAGCGACGGCCACACCCAGUGGCCGCAACAACCAGAUCAACUGGACGUUGUUAAAUGAAAAGGAUCCAACCCACAACCUUAUAGAAAAUUAGUUUAGUAUACCAAAGUACUCCUUAAGGUCAAUACUAUUAAAACACGACAAAGAUCAAAGUAAAAUUCAAGUGUAAUGUGAUUUUGUAUUCAUAUGAAUCCAAGAAGAUAAAAUUGAGAAUCGAAGAAGAAAUACGGUCUUAAAUUCAAAAAAUCAUCUCAAAGCUAAGUUUAGGUGGGUUAGAUCCUUUUCAUUUAACCACGUCCAACUAUACAUAAACCAUACGAAAGUCGCGCACUUGGCCGCAACGGCCUACUUUAGUUAAUCUGGUCGUUGCGGCCACUGACCGUGGUCUUGGCCUUCUAGUGCGCGAUGCGCCUAAGACCGGUUCUACUCUCAGACCCGUUCCCUAAGUCGAUCUGGUAAAUCUAAAUUUAACAUCAGUUUUUCUUUUUCAUUCUGUAUAGCGAAUGACAAGGAUACACUGUUGUCUAAUUUUAGGUUUAAAGAAUCAUGCCAGAAUAUACACCAAUAUGUGAGUAAAAACACCCAGUUUAAACAACAGUAUUGAAAAAUUACAUUUUAAUAUUUUCAUCAAUAUAACAAGUAACAACUCUCUUUCAAUCAAUAGAACAAUGUAAAAUUACAUUUUAAUAUCAUGACCAAUCAGUUCUUAUUAUGUCGAUUCAAGUAAACUCCGGUAAUUCCGAACUUAUUAUUCUUGUUUGAACUUAUAAAGAUAACGCUAUGUAAUGUCGCUGUUAAACAGGUAACAAGAUCGUUAUUAUUAAGCGCCACAAGUACUUCUGAUGACAUUUGUUAUUAUUUAAUAUAAGUUUGAUAAUUUUCCACAACGAUUCUGUAAUAGGUCAACCAACAUUACAUUCCGGUACAUUUAAACCAGUUUGAAGUGCUUAAUUGUUUUAAUACUAUACAUUCCGUGUAAACUCUGUACAGGUAACAAAAUGGUCUUCUAGCUUCUAAAUUUUCAUUGAUAAAUGUAACCAACUGGAUCCAAAAUUAAGUCAGAAAAGUAUGAACUUUACAAUCAAGUAAACCCUUUUGUUAAUUUUAUUUGAAACGAAUGUUGACAUUAUUUUUAAUCCGGCAAUUAAGAGGUACAAAAAAAUGUUCUCAGUAAUUGAGUUUUUCAAAUAAAGUAUGUGUCUACCUCACACUAUAGAAUGCUAUUUUUCAAUUUUUUCAUCAUGAGGAAAUCAAUAAACAUUUAGUUAGUAUCUAGAUCAAUAAAUUUGAGUCGGCGAAAUUGAUAAAGAAUGUGGGUUUUUCUUAAUAUCAAAGAUCUUCUCAAUAACUGGCAUUUCAUACUACAUAUUGCUAUCUAACGGAUAUAUUGAAUUACUUAAAUAAUAUUUGAAGAAGGGUUUUCAGUGUUAAGGUAUUCUCAGAAAGUAUGCAUGUCUUUCUUAAAAGUUGUCUUCUUAUUACGAAUAGUAAUUUGUACUUUUAAAUUUUUAUGAACUUCGUGCUUUUGUCUUCACUUUUUAGUAGCUUGCAAAAAGAUUUCAUAAAGCUUAGAUAUUUUUAUUUAGACAUACCUACGAAAUGUAAACUUUAAUGCAAAGUAAUUUAUGAUAAAUGUUGUUUGUCUAUUUAUGUUGUUAUUUGUUUAUUCAUUCAUAUAAAAUGAGUAGUGUAGACCUAUUGUUUAAAGUCUAUGAUAUAUCUAAUAUAUUUAUUUGAGGGUUUUUUUGGCAUCGGCGGUUUCAUAACGAUAUCGAAUGUAUUUUCAUGAGUUAUUGCGAUUGGUAGUACUGGGUUGCGAUAUAGCAAAUUGUGAUUGAGCGUUUUUGAAUGAUUUUGGUGUGUUUAAAUGUUUGUAUUUGUUUGCUGCAUCUAAAGUGUAAAAUUACAUAAAUCGCCACUGUGAAUGCCUUUCGUAGUAAGUACUACUAAAACACAGAAAAAAUAACAAUUAAUCAUCCCAUCUUCUCUUUAUCAGUCUUAUUAAAAUUAUAUUCUUCAUGCAUAUUUAUCAUGGUGCUGGAAAGUAAAAAGUUUUUGUAAAAGUAUGAGACUAAGUCUACUCUAUAGAUGCCAAGAUUAUUAGUGCAGUCAUUGAAGCGAAAAAUACGGUCUUACCUCCGAUUUUUUUUACUGUGAACCGAUUUGCAUGAAAUUUUGGAAUUAGGCUCAUCUUACCCUUAACUUCAAAUGUGAAAAUGAUCUGAACUCCGCCUAUUAUUUUUAAGGGUUGUAAACAACCCCUUAAUGGAAAAAUUGACAUUGAGCCAUUUUAUCGCUAGAAAACAUGUCUAAUAGUAAGUGAUGAAAUUGUAAAGUAUUUUCUAACAUAAUUACCUCAUAUUAAAAUCAUUUUCAACCCACACAUAUAUAUUACAUAUUUAAAAAUAAUUUAGUUUAGAGUAAAAAAUUGCCAUUUAUUGAAUAAAAUAUUUACUAAUUAUAUAAAAUUGUACUAUUAUUAUUAAAAUAUAAUAUUAUUAUUCAUGACUCAAUGUCGGAGUCGCUGUCACAUUCAACAUCUUCUGGCUGAAUUGGAGGGCUAUUUUGGCAGUUAUCUCCACUGCACGUUCCACAAGUACUAUUACAAAACAGACCAACUUUUCUGCAUCCGCAAGACGCUCCACAUCCUUUUUUGCAGUUGCAAAAAAUCAUUUUCAGCAGUUCUUGUGGUGCGGGUGGAUCUACAGACUUAAGUGGAUUUAAUAAACCGUCAUUCAUGACCCACCCCCAAUCCGUUGGAUGAAUGAUGAUGAUGAUGAAAUGUGUUAUAUAUACAUAUAAGAACGUUGGUAUGUAUUCAUGCCUACGUUUCCAAAAUAUAUGAGCCAUAUUAUGUAUAUAUAUACACAUUACAAUAGUUGUGGGUCUCUAUUAUACUGCGUACUUUCACAUUGCUCCAAAUAUUCACACUCCGAAAUUUUCAGUUACUAAGUAGAAAAAAAUAUGAUAAGUUUUUGGACCAUUACUCCUUCAAUUUUCAUGCUAUCACAAUUUAUGUAAAACCAUUGUAAAGGUAAUUAAGAGAGCUACAACAUCCUCCAUUGCAAUAUAUAUUAAAAAACCUUUUUCUAAAACGGUGGAGGGUUAAAGGGCUUAAGAGAGGCUAUGAUUGCGCUACCACGCGCUCUUUAAACAAUCAUAUCUCCGUCAAUUUUAUUUUGACAGAAAAAACAAAAAAACCAAAUUAUGUGUCAGAAAAAUAUCUAAAUUUUUAAAUCGUACACUUUUAUACGUAUCUAUCGUCAUUUUUGAGAUAUUAUGAAAAAAAAGGGGGUUUUUUUAAAUUUGAAAGGACAUUGUUCUGCGUCCAUACAUAGUUAGCCUAAGAACCAACAAUCAUGAAAUAUUAUUUUCUAGGUUCGAAAUCGCAAGUAAAUGACUGUAAAAACAAAGAUUAUUGACGGACACUUCUGAAAACUUAAAUUAUAAGGAAAACUAUUUUCUUUUCAGGUUAUGUUUAAUAUUCAAUGAAACAUAGGUCAAUCUACGGACUUAGUAUGAAGUGAAUUAAUAUUACAACUAAUUCAUUUUAUUCGGUGCGAUUUUAAAGAAAAAUUUGGUUAGGUAGGAAUCGUGAAUGAAAUAAAAACUAUAGUUUUGCUUCUUAUUUAUUGACUAUUUUUCACAUACUUGUAUCAUAUUGUAUAUUGUUUUUAUUUGCUUAACACAUGUAUAUUGUGUGUGUCUCUUGAAUAAUUUGGCAGUAUGAUCCUCUUAGGAUGUUGUGGCACAGGUUCACUAGCACUUGGUAAUAAGGUCUCUGGCAUAUUAGAUAGCCGAAAUAGUUGAAUUAAAGGAAAAACAAUCGCAAAUAAACACACACAACAGGUAAUCCGAAACGAGAAUGCACGAAUGCCACAGAUUACUACGAAUGAAAACUGCCUGCACCACAACCACAGAGUAUCGAGUUUUAUGCCGGCCCUUCACUUGACAACAGUUUAUCCUUGUAAGUAUGUAUAAUAUCCCAUACUUAAUAAGAAAUGAAAAGGACAGACUGAUGUCACGUUUAUAAUAGCAAAUACGAAUAGCUAAGUGAAGUGCCGGCAUUAGGAAGAAUAAGUGUUUCGUUUUCAGCGCUGUCAUAGAUUAUACACAUAAAAUGGUAUUUAUUGUCUAGGAUUAUUUUUUUAACUUUUUAAUUUAGCUUACUUAACUGGAAGUGUCCGUGACAAUCUAAAUACUGAUAAUUAUCGCAAAAAAUAUACUUAGAAUUAUCAUAAAUGCCAAAUCGGUGUUGGUUCUUAGGCCAAUUUUAACAUUUUCCUUUGGUUUUUCUUUUAAUCGUGACUUUUUUGAAAAAUAAGUAUCCUGAAGCAGCCAACCUGAAACUAUCUAUCAAACUCUUCAUAAUAAAGUUAAUUCUAGGCGGAAUACGAUUAAUUUUAAUUUUGGUGGAAAUGGCACUUUUGAAACCCAUUGAUUUAAAAGAAAAAACAUUAGAUGCUCCCCUUAUUUGCAAUAUAGCUCACUUAUUUUACGUGCAAAAGACUUUUAAUAGUGCUCAUUUUAAAGCUUAUUUCAAGCACUACAAAACCCUUUUGUAUUAGAAUGCAUAAAAUGCAUCUUCUCGCCGCUAGAUGGCAUUUCAGACAAAAUAAAAAACGGCUUUGAUAUUUAAUAUCUAGCUUAAUAUUGCACUUAGAAUACUUUAUAAAAAACCAAAUUGUUCAUUGUUUUACCUGCUACAAUUUAGUUUUUUAUAAAAUUUUCGAUAAAACUUAUAUUUUUGGAGAU